AUGGCUCGUCCGUUUCUUUCACAUCUUUCUCGAGCCGCAGAAACCCCAGGCAAAGCCCCCUUGAAGCGAGAAGCUCCGUCGGAGGAAACCUUAACCAAGGACAAAUGCCUGGCGGACUUUUGCCUGAAGGGUGGAAGUGGUCUCAUUAUUGGCGGCGUUCUUACCUUAUUCUUCACGCGACCACAAACCUACCCGAUGUGGUUGGGCCUGGGGUUCGGCUGUGGACUGGCCUAUGACUGUUGCCAAGCGCGUUGGAAUCGAUCCAUUUAGGCAGCAAAAAGCCCGAGCUUUAUUAAAAAUUGACUUCUGUUAAAUUUUUAUUGAGCAUAACGUCUUUGUUUUGCUUUGGUUUUUGCGAAACCUUAGCUUAGCAUAUCGCAAAUGUGAUAAAUAUUUAAAUAUUAUCUGAUUAAAUCUCUUGUAAAGCGAAA